CGACGACGCCGACAGCCCGCCCCGGCGCGCCUCGGGUUCCCGACUCCGCCGAGCCCUGGGCCGAGGCUGCCGGCGCUGAGGGGCCGCCCCGCGCCGCCGCCCGCCUGCCCCGCGCACCCGGAGGGUCCCCGGCCGGCGCCGCCUUUGGAGUAUUGUUUCCGUCGCCCUGUUUUCGGAGGCGGCGAAGACUGAGUUUGAGACUUUUUCUUUCCCGUUUUCUUUUUCUUUCUUCUUUCCUUUUUCUUUUCUUUUUCCUUUUUUUUUUUUUUUUUUUUUUUUGUGAGACGGGAAUUUCGUCCCAAAUAAAAGGAAUGAAGUCUGGCUCCGGAGGAGGGUCCCCGACCUCGCUGUGGGGGCUCCUGUUUUUCUCCGCCGCGCUCUCGCUCUGGCCGACGAGUGGAGAAAUCUGCGGGCCGGGCAUUGACAUCCGCAAUGACUAUCAGCAGCUAAAGCGCCUGGAGAACUGCACGGUGAUCGAAGGCUACCUCCACAUCCUGCUCAUCUCCAAGGCAGAGGACUACCGCAGCUACCGUUUCCCCAAGCUCACGGUCAUCACCGAGUACCUGCUGCUGUUCCGCGUGGCCGGCCUCGAGAGCCUCGGGGACCUCUUCCCCAACCUCACGGUCAUCCGCGGCUGGAAACUCUUCUACAACUAUGCCCUGGUCAUCUUUGAGAUGACCAAUCUCAAGGAUAUCGGACUUUACAAUCUGAGGAACAUCACCCGGGGGGCCAUCAGGAUUGAGAAGAAUGCCGACCUCUGUUACCUCUCCACGGUGGACUGGUCCCUGAUCCUGGAUGCCGUGUCCAAUAACUACAUCGUGGGGAACAAGCCCCCGAAGGAGUGCGGGGACCUGUGUCCGGGGACGAUGGAGGAGAAGCCCUUGUGCGAGAAGACGACCAUCAACAACGAGUACAACUAUCGCUGCUGGACCACCAACCGCUGCCAGAAAAUGUGCCCGAGCGCGUGCGGGAAGCGCGCGUGCACCGAGAACAACGAGUGCUGUCACCCCGAGUGUUUGGGCAGCUGCAGCGCGCCCGACAACGACACGGCCUGCGUCGCCUGCAAGCAUUACUACUACUCCGGCGUGUGCGUGCCCACCUGCCCGCCCAACACCUACCGCUUCGAGGGCUGGCGCUGCGUGGACCGCGACUUCUGCGCCAACAUCCCCAAUGCCGAGAGCAGCGACUCGGAGGGGUUCGUCAUCCACGACGGCGAGUGCAUGCAGGAGUGCCCCUCUGGCUUCAUCCGGAACGGCAGUCAGAGCAUGUACUGCAUACCUUGUGAAGGUCCUUGCCCCAAGGUCUGCGAGGAAGAAAAGAAAACAAAGACCAUUGAUUCGGUUACCUCUGCUCAGAUGCUCCAAGGAUGCACCAUCUUCAAGGGAAAUUUGCUCAUUAAUAUCCGCCGAGGCAAUAACAUUGCCUCAGAACUGGAGAACUUCAUGGGGCUCAUUGAGGUGGUGACAGGCUACGUGAAGAUCCGCCAUUCUCACGCCUUGGUCUCCUUGUCCUUCCUAAAAAACCUUCGCCAGAUCUUAGGAGAGGAGCAGCUUGAGGGGAACUACUCCUUCUAUGUCCUCGACAACCAGAACUUGCAGCAGCUGUGGGACUGGGACCAUCGCAACCUGACCAUCAAAGCUGGGAAGAUGUACUUUGCUUUCAAUCCCAAAUUGUGCGUGUCCGAGAUUUACCGCAUGGAGGAAGUGACGGGGACAAAAGGACGCCAGAGCAAAGGGGACAUAAACACCAGGAACAACGGAGAACGAGCCUCUUGUGAAAGCGACGUCCUGCACUUCACCUCUACGACCACGUGGAAGAACCGCAUCAUCAUAACGUGGCACCGUUACCGGCCCCCUGACUACAGGGACCUCAUCAGCUUCACUGUCUACUACAAGGAAGCACCUUUUAAAAACGUCACGGAGUAUGACGGGCAGGAUGCCUGUGGCUCCAACAGCUGGAACAUGGUAGAUGUGGACCUCCCUCCCAACAAGGAUGUCGAGCCUGGCAUUUUACUGCAAGGACUAAAGCCCUGGACGCAGUACGCGGUGUAUGUCAAGGCGGUGACCCUCACCAUGGUGGAGAACGACCACAUCCGUGGGGCCAAGAGUGAAAUCUUGUACAUUCGCACCAAUGCUUCAGUUCCUUCCAUUCCCCUGGACGUUCUCUCCGCAUCCAACUCCUCUUCCCAGCUCAUCGUGAAGUGGAACCCGCCGUCCCUGCCCAACGGCAACCUCAGUUACUACAUUGUGAGGUGGCAACGGCAGCCACAGGACAGCUACCUUUACCGGCACAAUUACUGCUCCAAAGACAAAAUCCCCAUCAGGAAGUACGCCGACGGCACCAUCGACAUUGAGGAGGUGACGGAGAAUCCCAAGACUGAGGUGUGCGGCGGAGAGAAGGGGCCUUGCUGCGCCUGCCCCAAAACGGAGGCCGAGAAGCAGGCCGAGAAGGAGGAGGCCGAGUACCGCAAAGUCUUUGAGAACUUCCUGCACAACUCCAUCUUUGUGCCCAGACCUGAAAGGAAGCGGAGAGACGUCACACAAGUCACCAACACCACCAUGUCCAGCCGAGGCAGGAACACCACAGUGGUGGACACCUAUAAUAUCACAGACCCAGAAGAGCUCGAGACAGAAUACCCUUUCUUUGAGAGCAGAGUGGAUAACAAGGAGAGAACUGUAAUCUCCAACCUGCGGCCUUUCACUUUGUACCGCAUUGACAUCCACAGCUGUAACCACGAGGCUGAGAAGCUGGGCUGCAGUGCCUCCAACUUUGUUUUUGCAAGAACCAUGCCUGCAGAAGGGGCAGAUGACAUUCCUGGGCCCGUGACCUGGGAGUCGAGGCCUGAAAACUCCAUCUUUCUCAAGUGGCCAGAACCUGAGAAUCCCAACGGAUUGAUUCUCAUGUAUGAAAUAAAAUACGGAUCACAAGUCGAGGACCAGCGGGAGUGCGUAUCAAGACAGGAGUACAGGAAGUAUGGGGGCGCCAAGCUUAACCGGCUCAACCCGGGGAACUACACGGCCCGGAUCCAGGCCACCUCUCUCUCCGGGAAUGGGUCCUGGACAGACCCGGUGUUCUUCUAUGUCCCAGCCAAAAUAACGUACGAAAACUUCAUCCACCUGAUCAUCGCUCUGCCCGUCGCUGUCCUGCUGAUAGUGGGGGGGCUUGUUAUAAUGCUGUACGUCUUCCACAGGAAAAGGAAUAACAGCAGGCUGGGCAAUGGAGUGCUGUAUGCUUCUGUGAACCCAGAGUACUUCAGCGCCGCCGACGUGUACGUGCCUGACGAGUGGGAGGUCGCUCGAGAGAAGAUCACCAUGAGCCGCGAGUUGGGGCAGGGCUCCUUUGGGAUGGUGUACGAAGGAGUCGCCAAAGGCGUGGUUAAAGAUGAGCCUGAGACCAGGGUGGCCAUUAAAACAGUGAACGAGGCCGCCAGCAUGCGCGAAAGGAUUGAAUUUCUCAAUGAGGCUUCAGUGAUGAAGGAGUUCAACUGCCACCACGUGGUGCGGUUGCUGGGCGUGGUGUCCCAGGGCCAGCCGACGCUGGUCAUCAUGGAACUGAUGACUCGGGGCGAUCUCAAAAGCUAUCUCCGGUCUCUGAGGCCAGAAAUAGAGAAUAAUCCAGUCCUAGCACCUCCAAGCCUAAGCAAGAUGAUCCAGAUGGCUGGGGAGAUUGCAGACGGCAUGGCAUACCUCAACGCCAACAAGUUUGUCCACAGAGACCUGGCCGCCCGGAACUGCAUGGUGGCCGAAGAUUUCACAGUCAAAAUCGGAGAUUUUGGUAUGACGAGAGACAUCUACGAGACAGACUAUUACCGGAAAGGAGGAAAGGGGCUGCUGCCUGUGCGCUGGAUGUCCCCCGAGUCUCUCAAGGAUGGAGUCUUCACCACUCACUCUGACGUCUGGUCCUUUGGGGUCGUGCUCUGGGAGAUCGCCACGCUGGCCGAGCAGCCCUACCAGGGCUUGUCCAACGAGCAGGUCCUUCGCUUCGUUAUGGAGGGCGGCCUUCUGGACAAGCCGGACAACUGUCCCGACAUGCUGUUCGAGCUGAUGCGCAUGUGCUGGCAGUACAACCCCAAGAUGAGGCCCUCCUUCCUGGAGAUCAUCAGCAGCGUCAAGGAGGAGAUGGAGCCCGGCUUCCGGGAGGUGUCCUUCUACUACAGCGAGGAGAACAAGCCGCCCGAGCCGGAGGAGCUGGACCUGGAGCCCGAGAACAUGGAGAGCGUCCCCCUGGACCCCUCCGCCUCCUCGUCCUCCCUGCCGCUGCCCGACAGACACUCAGGACACAAGGCCGAGAACGGCCCAGGCCCUGGCGUGCUGGUGCUCCGAGCCAGCUUCGACGAGAGACAGCCUUACGCGCACAUGAACGGGGGACGCAAGAACGAGAGGGCCUUGCCUCUGCCCCAGUCUUCGACCUGCUGAUCCUGGGAUCCCGGAUCCCGUGCAAACAGUAACGUGUGCACACGCCGGGCGGCGGGUGGGGGGAGAGAGUUCGAACAAUCUAUUCACAGCCUCUUGUACCUCAGUGGAUCUUCAGAACUGCCAGUGCUGCCCACGGGAGACGGCUUCUCUGCAGUAAACACGUUUGGGAUGUUCCUUUUUUCAAUAUGCAAGCAGCUUUUUAUUUCCCUACCCAAACCCUUAACUGACAUGGGCCUUUAAGAACCUUAACGACAACACUUAAUAGCAACAGAACACUCGAGAAUCGAGUCUCCUCACGCUUUCCCUGUCACUCCUCACUUCUCUCAGACCUGUCUCCCGCCCUCCCUCUCUCUCUCCCCUUUCUCUUUCUCUCUGCUUCAUAAUGGAAAAACCUUUGCCGCAAGCCCAGCUGGGACACCCUUUCGAUCAGAUUGAGGAACUGGCCGUCCCUCCCUGUGGCCCCACAUUGCCCCCCCGCCCCCAUACACACCUGCCUGUCACCGUAGGUCUUUAUAAAAAAAAAACAAAAACAAAAAACACGUUGAGACGGAAUAUUUUUAACUGUAUCUUUCACCUUUUUAGGGACAUAUGAAAUUGACAAAGGGCCAUCAUGCAUUCGAGGUUGUUACCAUUUUAAUGCUGCCAGAUUCUGCCAAAACCCUCGACUUCCUCCCUCCCGAUCCCGGCACCUGUUUCCUUGUUUCCAGAGGCAUGGGGCGAGCACGGUAGCUAGUCACACCAUUUAGGAGCCACGUUGAGGACACACUCCAUCUGAUCGCCCCUGGUGUUCUUUUCCAGUCCUGCGUUCACACAGGUCCAGUUGCUUUUUGACUAGGUUAUUAUUUGGGGGAAGUGGACAGAAUGGGAUUUUUCUCUCAGUGGAGACUGGGAGAGGCUGAAACCCCUCUUCCCCACCCUCCCCCCACCUGCUAGCCCCCAGGAAUUCUGGAGAAAAUAGGCCCUGUCGAGAGCCUGGCAGACAGGCUUUGAGGAAAGGUCGUCCACGUGCCAGUCUCCUGUCCCCCCACCUCGGCCGCCCCCCACCCCACCGGUUCCCGGCCCCCCAGGACGCAGAUGGGAAGGGGUUUCCAGGGACUCAGCCCAACUGUUCAUGCAGGUUUGCAAGGAAAGAAAUUCAAACACCACCACAACAGUAAGAAGAAAAGCAGUAAAUGGAUUCAAGCAUUCUAAGCUUUGUUGAUAUUUUCUCUGUUACUAGGACUUCUUCAUGGGUCUUACAGUUCUAUGUUAGACCAUGAAACAUUUGCAUACACAUCGUCUUUAAUGUCACUUUUAUAACUUUUUUACGGUUCAGAUAUUCAUCUAUACGUCUGUACAGAAAAAAAAAAAGCUGCUAUUUUUUUUGUCCUUUAUCUUUGUGGAUUUAAUCUAUGAAAACCUUCAGGUCUACCCUUCUUCCCUUUCUGCUCACUCCAAGAAACUUCUUAUGCUUUGUACUAGCGUGCGUGACUUUCUUCCUCUCUUCCCAGUAACUGAUACUUCUAUAACAUAAUUUGCCAUGAACUGUUUGAUGCCUUUUUAUAAAUACACCCUCCCCUCCCCGCUCCCCGCACCCGUUAGUUAUGUUCUAUCCCGGAGGCUCUGUGGGCACGAGGCUGGCGAGGGACGCAGGCGGGCAGCGGGCGGCACCCCGCUCCUCGGCCUGCUCCCACACGGCGCUGGGGUCUGUUACAGUGCAAGACACGAUACAAACUCAGGUCAGAAAAAAAAAAAAAAGGUUAAAUACUUCACACAUCCUUGUUCAGUGUUUCUAGUCGCCUUUGUUGGAAAGUCUCACCUUCUCUUUCCCUCACCUUUGUUUUGGUUGUGACACACAUAUAUCUAUUUUUUUAAUUCUUGGGUACAACAGCAGUUUUAACUGCAGACACUAGGCAUUUGGGUUACUAUUUUUUUUAUGGAUAUUUAAUCCUUCCAUCCCACGAGAAACAGCUGCUGAGUCCCAGGGUGCAGCGGGCGUGGUCUAGUGGGCCCCUCUGCGGCUCCCGCCGCCACCCUCCAGACUGACUUACCUGUCUCUAGAACCCGAAAAUCCCUAGGCCCCUCCUUGGCACCGGCGGUGAAGGGGCCACAGGGGCAGCCUCCUCAGGUUGGCGGCGAGCCCUCUACCAGGUCUGGCGGCUGGAGGGCCCGGUCGAGGCAAGCACCACCGUGGUGGCUGGGGAGCCCCAUGCUCGCUCCCAGGGGACCGGAGCCCUGGCACUGGCAUGCUUUUCCUUGGCCAGGAAUCCAAGUCCUCGGGGCCCGGGGGUCUUGUUUUGUUUAGUUUUUAGCACUUCUCACCAGAGUGAUGACAGCACACGAGUUGCUUCUGGGAUGGAAAUGUUUAAAUUAUGAGUAGACACAAAGCUCGAAUAUGAUGAUUGCUAGUUGUGACUGGAGAUUAAACACGAGAAAGCAAGUGUGUAGUGCUUUCCUGCUUGUCGGUAGCUUCAGUCCUACAAUUUUCUCUAGCCUCUGUCCCAUAGUUUUUUCCCUUAAAAAAAAAAAAAAUGAGAAAAAAGAAAGUUAAUUAAGAAGGUAUUAUAUGUAGGAGUUUUCUUUUAAUUUAUUUUGUGAUACCAGUUUCAAUCACUGUAGAGAAGCCCCAUUAUGAAUUUAAAUACUGAGAAAAGGGUUUUUGUGUGUGUGUGUGUGUGUAAGACAGGACAGUUUUUGGGUUUUGGUUUUUUUUUUUUUGCUUUUGUUGGGUUUUUUUUUUUUUUCCUUGGUUUUGGUUUUCAAACAUUUAUCUACCUCACUCUUGUUUUUUAUAUGUGUAUAUAUACAAAACAAUACAUCUCACAUUUCUCAGCACCUGACAAUAUGCCGUUGAUACCAGUAACCUCUAUCCACACCACAGGCCACACGCACCAGGCGAGGCAGGGGGAGGCCAGGCCGUAUCCCGGGGUCGAAGCAACACUAACACGCCUCUCCUCCCGUGUCAGAUGUCAGACCACUUGCCUUUUCCUGCGAUGUCUCGUUUGGUGUUGCCUUUGUUCUUCUUCUCCCAACUUGGUUUCCUAAGAGGUUGUGAGGUGUUAGGGUUUCCUUCCUCCCGGCCCGGGGCGCCCGCACGCUGCUGGGAGACGAGCAGACCGAGCCACGGGGAGGCCGCUUGGCUUCCCCUGGCUCUCCGGCUUUGAAAGGGACUUCGCGCAGCUCCGACAACAGACAGAUUCUGUCACUGGGAGAGCGCUCGUCUUCUAGGUGUGAAGGGCAGGCAGCACCCGGGGAGUGGGGUGGUGGGGAGGGCAGGCCGGCAGUCUCUGGGUUAGAGUCCCACCCAGAAAGGUGCCAUGUUUGGAUUUGGGUCGCUGCUCCGGCCGCCGUGGGUAGGCCUGCCCGAGGUGGGGACGUGCUCUCACAGCGCUGGGUCAAGUUCAGUGGUGCAGCCACAACAGCCCUUUCGAGAGCUCGGUCUGCCGGUCCUCCUGUGCGGGAAGGUAGAGGUUCCUGACCUGCCAGCCGGUCCCAUUCAGGAUGUACAGAGAACGGGAGCCCCCCCGCCCCACCCCAGACUGUUCCGCAGCUUCGCCCUCAUCUCCUCUUCCCCCAGGGGAAAACAGAGACCAAACCUUCGGGCUGGAAAGGGCCGGUGGUCAGCGCCCAGCCUCCUUCUGGGGUGGCACGCCUCCCGCCAGGGCUGUGCCUUCAUCCUCCUGCUGCUCACACGGGUGAAGGGCGCGUGUCCCGAUUCCAGCAGCUGCUCUCACAGGCACUGGUGACUCGACCUGGGAAAGGUGGUGGGGGUUUUCCCGAAGCAGGGAUGGUUCCUUUCAGUUCUAGCGCUGCGGCUGGGCUCGGGAGUGCCCUUUCCCCUGCGAGAACACUACCCUCUUUUCCCAAGGCCCCUGGCAUCGUGAGGUCACUGAGAAAUACUGUUGGAUCAGGGUUUUCUUCUUCCACACUGUAGGUGACCCCUUGGAAUAGUGGCCGCUCCUCUUUUGCACAUACCUACCGGUUUCCACAACUGGAUUUCUACAGAUCAUUCAGCUGGUUAUAAGGGUUUUGUUUCAACUGUCCGAGUUGUUGGUGUCCUUUUGUUUUUGUUUUACGUAGGUGGUUUUUCUUUAAGUAGAAAGAAAACACGAAUAGUGUAGUGCCCAUCAUAACAAAUGCUUCAGAAACACUUAAAUAAAAGAAAAUUUUGCUUGUGUGAUGGUGCAGUCAUUUUACUGGACCAAACCACCCACCUUGACUAUCCCAAGGCAUCAUCUAUCCACAGUUCUCGCCUAAUUUUAUGCUGAUUUUCCCACCUCUUCUUGAUUUUUCUCUUUUGUAUGCUCCAAAUAAUCUAAUCAAGCUGAGUUGUGGCAUUUUUCCAUGCAACCUCCUUCUGACAGCAGCUCACACUGCUUGAAGUGACGUGAACCACUGAGGCACAUCAUUGGAUUGAUGUGAGCAUUAAAACAUUAGCACACACGGCCCUUCCCCGAGGCAGCAGGAGCUGGUGAAUUCUGGAGACACUGUCGAACUUCAGCUGUGCGAGACCCAGACCACCCAGCUCUCCUCUAUGGGAUGUCAUGACGUUUGACACACAAUUGGAACGCGCUUCCUCCGUGGAAGACGGAAGACCGUGUUCGUGGCCAAUGCUGGCCUCUCCUUCCAGCCUGUUCCUUAGGACCUGGGACAACAUUUCCAUGGGAGGAAACGUGGCUUGGUAAAAUCUGAAAAAUAAAUUAAUUAAUUAAUUAAAAAGUGCUUAUUGUGGAACUACCCGACGGCAAAAUGCUUGGCAGGAGGUGAUGAGCUCCGGUUGGGAUAACAUAUGUACGAGCCAAGUCUGAAGCCGAACUCUAGGCCAGUUUGUUCCACCAAAGCCUCUUGUCAGCAGCUCACCUCUGCGGGCAGGUGGCGGGGCGUGAUGCACGCUGCUGUCGUGGCAAGGUCACACGAGCUCAGAUGGGUGAGGAGCCUAGGGUGCUUGGUCCAAGACCCGCAGCUGUCACUGCUGGGUCCCCCUCGGGCGGCCUGCAUCAAAAGCAACUCCCUUCCAAAACAUAGGCACCCUCCGGUUGGCAGUAAUGCUCCACAGUAUGCCCUGGCCCAUCCCCGCAGGUCCCACUAAUACAUUUAAGGUUUGGGGUUUGUUCUUUUGUUACUGUUACUUUUGUGUUUGUCAGCUGGUUUUGUUUUUGUUUUUUGUUUUUUAAUUUCCUGGGCUAAGCAGCAUUGGGCGAUAUGGACCAGAUCCAGCCUCUAAGCACCUGUGAUGAAAGUCAACCUUUUUUACUCCCCUCUGACUAGUCGGUGGUACAAAUGAGAAUUUCAAGAGAGGAUGUUGUCUAGAUUGAACCUCUGUUGCCAGAGAUGCUGAAGAUACAGACCUUGGACAGGCCAGAGGGUUUCAUCUCGGGCCUCCAGCUUAGAUGACUCGUUGAUCACUUAGAGAAAAAGCAGACUGGACAAUCCUUGACGGUGGGAUGAUGGGGCAGUAAGAAACCACUGUAAUGGGGAUGUGAUGUGAUGCCAAGCAAAGACUGGCGAGCAGAAGGGUAUGGGCCUGGGAAGAAGGAUGGGCCAUGUUUUGAACCUGAUGGUUUCUGAAGGUAUCAGACCACAUCAAGGCUCAACAGUCACCCGUGGGCAUUGGGUUUCGGCAAAGAAACCGAACAUCCUCCUUUGGACACUGUUGUCGCAGAGUUCAGUGAAAUCGGUCAAGAACGAACUGCACCACACCUGUCAGUUGUCAGUUCUGGGGCAUGACUUUAGGGUUUGUUUUAUUUUGUUUAUGCAAGAACAUAAUGAUCACUCAUCUGUAUGUCCACGUUUGUGUGUGUCCACAUCUUUCUGGUAAACAUUGUUCUAAUUAGUCACUCAUUAGCGUUCUCAAUAGGGCUCUCAAGUCCAGUAGAUUACGGGUAGUCAGUUGACGAAGAUCUGGUUUACAAGAACUAAUUAAAUGUUUCAUUGCAUUUUUGUAAGAACAUAGAAUAAUUUUAUAAAAUGUUUGUAGUUUAUAAUUGCCGAAAAUAAUUUAAAGACACUUUUUUCCUCUGUGUGUGCAAAUGUGUGUUUGUGAUCAUUUUUUUAGGACACCUGUUUCCUAGCUAGCUUUACAAUAUGCCAAAAAAAAAAAAAAAAAAGGAAAAAAAAAAAAGAUUCUCCCUGACCCAGGCCAUGGUUCACCCUCUUUUCCUCCAUGCUUUGUGCCCUAGCUUAUAACAAAGGAAAGAUGAUGAUUUAAGAAGUAGUUCUGUAUCUUCAGUAUCUUGGUCUUCCAGAACCCUCUGGUUGGGAAGGGGAUCAUCUUUUACUGGUCAUUUCCCUUUGGAGUGUAGCUACUUUAACAGACUGAAAGAACCUCAUUGGCCAAGGACACAGCAGAGGUGUUGCAGCCCAGCAGCAGCCAUGGCCCAGUGCGCAUCUGGUGGGUGCGGCUGAUUGUCACCAUUGUCCUGCAAUGCCUGGGGAGGGAAAGCCUGGAUGACACAGCUGAUGGUUUCACAGUGAUCACAGCAUACAGACUUAUCAUGCGAACGAUGAUAAUUCUGGUGCACACAGGCCGUUUGCUUACAUGCCUCAUACCGUGAUUUGUGCUUUGUUAUAACAACAACAAAAAAACCCUAUUUAUUUUAUUUACGGCAGAACACUGAAGACACAUUUUUCCAGUCCAAACCAAGUCCGUUUAAGUAAAAACGACACACACACACAUACAAAUAUGUUUCAGUCGGGCUCCAUUUCCUCUAGCCCCCAAUGGAUUAUUGGCCAUGUCUACACUUCUCCACAAAAUCUCCAUCAGUAGAAACAUCUGGAUGUUUUGCACUACAUGGGAGAAAGGUCCAGAAACAAUUAGGGUUUUUUUUGUUCAACUGUUCAUUGAGAUGUUUGGCGUUGCAUAUAUACAGCCACAGGUGGAACAGAUGCUUGGCAAAAACACCUGUCUGCUUUCUAAGCCAGUGAGGUUGAGGUGAGAGGUUUGCCAGAGUAUGUCUACCUCUGGGACAAAAAAAGAGAAUUAAACCAGAAGGCGCAAUGGAAUGGAUGCAUCGCAAAUAAUGCAUUUUCUGAGUUUCCUUGUUUAAAAAAAAGUUUUUUAAAAAAGUAAAAAAAAAAAA